AUGACAGUUAAUACCGAAAACGGAAGGGCCGUUGCCAAUGUGCCUUUUGAUUUCACCGACCAUUCCCAUCGUCGGUUCAAUCCUUUAACCAAUGCCUGGAUCUUGUGUUCGCCUCAUAGAUCCAAGAGACCAUGGCAGGGGGCAAGAGAAGAAGCUAAGAAAACCAGAUUACCCCAAUACGAUGAAAAAUGCUACUUAUGUCCAGGUAACAUUAGAGCCACUGGCGACUCGAACCCCAAAUACGAAGGAACAUACUAUUUCCUCAACGAUUAUCCAGCGGUUAAGUUGGACCAGCCUGACUAUAGUAGUGAAAAAUCAUCUGACCAAGACCCCAAAAACUUGAAAUCCAAGUUAAUGAAGACUCAGGGUGUCAAGGGAAAAUGUUUUGUUAUUUGCUUCUCCCCCAACCACGGGUUGAGUUUACCCUUAAUGUCGGUGCCUGCUAUUCAUAAGGUCGUUGACUUAUGGCAAGAAUUGUACUUGUCUUUGAAAAAAGACAGCUUAUCAGGAGCCGCUCCCUACAAGUACUUGCAAAUCUUUGAAAACAAGGGAGCAGCAAUGGGAUGUUCAAACCCACAUCCCCACGGACAGGCCUGGUGUUUGGAUGUUGUUCCAACCGAAGUCCAGAACGAAUUGGAUAACAUGGGCAAAUACCAACGGGAUAACCAUUCUCACUUGUUGGGUGACUACGUCAACUUGGAGUUGAAAGAGAAAGAAAGACUAGUGGCGGUGAACGACUCGUUCAUUGUUGUUGUGCCUUACUGGGCAUUGUGGCCCUUUGAAACCUUGGUGAUUUCCAGAGAGCAUUUGAGAUCAGUGGAGGACUUCACUGAAAAGCACAAGACUGAUUUAGCAGACGUUUUGAAAACAUUGACCACAAAGUACGAUAACUUAUUCAACACAUUUUUCCCGUACUCAAUGGGAAUUCACCAAGCUCCCUUCAAGGCUAGUGAAGAAGAGAAGAACAACUCGUGGUUCCACAUGCAUUUCUAUCCACCUUUAUUAAGAUCUGCGACUGUGAAGAAGUUCUGUGUUGGGUUCGAGAUGUUGGGAGAAGCCCAGAGAGAUAUCACGGCCGAGCAAGCUGCUACUAGAUUACAAGAUUUGGAUGGGGCUCGUCACUUUAUGAAUUAG